UAAUUGAGAUUUAAAAAAUUGGUAGCUUCUAAUUUUUAAAAUAAAAUUUACAUAAAACAUUGCAAACAAAGUUGAAUAGCAGGAUAUAUGGUUGAGCUUCGCCGUCGUCACCCCCUGUUACCUGCGUGGUGGUCUUGUUUCUCUAACAAAGGCGGUUAUGUUUUUACCUCUUUGACCGUUCCUUGCUGCUCGUCGGCUACCUCAAAUUCUUCCUGUUUCUGAAGCCGAUUUUCUUUUUGUACGAUGUUAUUUUCCCGGGGACUUUCUCGGAUAUCUAGAAAUCUCAGAGGUAGCUUCAAUGGAUGUCGGUGGUUUCCCUCCGGCCGAGGCCAGAAUCACCAUCUUAUUCUAUCGCAUACUUGUCAGCCUCCUGAAAACUCAGCUGAAAAGGUUUUUAGAAGUUUAGUUUUCUGUAACUGUCUACCAACGUUGCAUAUUGCUAGCCAUCAGUUCCAUAAUCAGAGCAGCUCCAUAAUUGAGGAUCAACUUGACCCUUUUUCGCUGGUUGCUGAUGAACUAUCUCAUCUUGCUAAUAGUUUGCGAGCAAUGGUUGUUGCUGAGGUUCCUAAGCUUGCCUCGGCUGCUGAAUACUUUUUCAAAAUGGGGGUGGAGGGGAAAAGAUUUCGUCCCACAAUUAUUUUAUUAAUGUCAACAGCAUUGAAUGUGCAAAUGCCUAAUCCAUCUCCUUCUAAUGAGCUAGAAGGUACUCUGACAACUGAACUGCGUUCAAGGCAGCGAUGCAUAGCUGAAAUUACAGAGAUGAUCCAUGUGGCAAGUCUUCUUCAUGAUGAUGUUUUAGAUGAUGCUGAUACAAGGCGUGGUAUUGGAUCAUUAAACUUUGUGAUGGGUAAUAAGUUGGCAGUGUUAGCAGGAGAUUUUUUGCUUUCUCGGGCGUGUGUUGCCCUUGCUUCGCUGAAAAACACAGAGGUUGUAUCUUUGUUGGCAACAGUAGUAGAACAUCUUGUAACAGGGGAGACCAUGCAAAUGAGUACAACAUCUGAUCAACGUUGCAGUAUGGAAUAUUAUAUGCAGAAGACAUACUACAAGACUGCAUCAUUAAUUUCAAAUAGUUGUAAGGCAAUUGCCCUGCUUGGGGGCCAUACAGCAGAAGUUGCUAUGUUGGCUUUUGAUUACGGAAAAAAUCUGGGACUGGCAUUUCAAUUGAUAGAUGAUGUGCUUGAUUUCACAGGCACAUCAACUUCACUUGGAAAGGGUUAUCUAUCAGACAUUCGCCAUGGAAUUGUAACAGCUCCAAUAUUAUUUGCAAUGGAGGAGUUCCCUGAGUUGCGUGCAGUUGUUGAGGCAGGCUUUGACAACCAUGCAAAUGUUGACCUGGCUCUGGAUUAUCUGGGAAAAAGCCGAGGUAUACAGAGGACAAGGGAACUAGCCAUAAAGCAUUCUAACCUUGCAGCGGCAGCUAUUGAUUCUUUACCUGAGAGUGAUGAUGAAGAAGUAAAAAGAUCAAGAAGAGCACUAAUAGAUCUUACUCAGAGAGUCAUUAGAAGAACAAAAUGAAAAACGAAGGCUAUUAAAUUAAAAUGGGCGGUUGAAAAAUCGUUCUGCUGCUGUUCUUAAAAUUUUCUGUCUUUGGCAAUAUAAGGUGAGAAGAAAUCCCUUGUUUGUAGCCUCUUUUUUUUUCUUCUUUCUCGGUCCUCUCUGUCCAUUUAUUUGUCUAUUUUGGUCUGUUUCUUUUGACGACUACAAGUCUACAUAGUUGAAUAUAGAAAUUGCACUUACACUUAGAUUUCUUUUUUCUUCAUCAUCACCCUAGGUUAUUGCAAUAAAAUGUACAACUGACAGUUGUUCUGCCACAAUUCUUUGAAAUUGAUGUCAUUAUUUCUAGGUUUCUACAA